AUGAAACUUCCUUGGUUUUCUAGCUCUCAGGAGGCACUCAUUUCUACUGCUCAGGACUCUGCGUCGACUCCCGAGGCGCUUCGUCUGGACACUGCUAUACCUCCUGCGCUUCCAGAACGCGCCAGAACGCUCGUCUUGUGUUUCGAUGGAACGGGGGAUAAAGAUGAUGCCAAUAGAACCAACGUUGUCGAGCUGAGGGAUAUGCUUAAGGUGGCUGAAGAGGAACAACUUGUUCACUAUCAGCAAGGAAUAGGAACUUACACUCCAAAGAUUCCUGGGGUCAAGGAACCUGUGAAGAUACCUGUCCUCUCUGGUCUAUCUGAGAAAUGGGACCAGGCUACGGCUUGGAGUCUGAAGGGACAUGUCAUUGAGGCUUAUUUGUGGCUCGUGGACCACUAUACUCUUGGGGAUAAAAUCUGCAUGUUUGGAUUUUCGCGGGGUUCAUAUACCGCUCGAGCUGUCGCAGGCAUGCUUUUCAAGGUCGGGCUCCUCCCAAAAGAGCAUCGUGAAAAGGCCGGCGCCGCCUUCAAAUCAUACAAAGUUGUAAAUAUGAAAGAAGGUUGGGAAGAAUCGAGGGCGUUCCAGAGGACUUGGGGAUCCAUCGACGUUCCCAUUGAAUUUCUGGGUUGCUGGGACACCGUUAAUUCCGUAGGUUACUGGACCACCAAGUCACUUCCGUUCACGGCUUACAAUCCAAUGGUACGCAUUUUCCGACAUGCAGUCGCGUUGGACGAACGCAGAGCCAAAUUCAGAACGAACCUCUGGCGUUUAAACAACAAAACUUUACCGGGUAUGGACGAUAGCGGCCUUAGCGAUUAUCAGAAGGUAGUCAAGAGUUUUGUUGAGGAAAAAUCAAAUGGGCUGCCUCCAACAGACGUUGACGAGGUCUGGUUUUCUGGUUGCCAUGGUAACAUCGGCGGUGGAGCUGUGCUGAAUGGAACCAAGCCGAACUUAGCACACAUAUCGCUGAGAUGGAUGAUCCGGCAGUGCUUUAUGCAGAACACGGGCAUUAUGUUCCUCAAAGACAAACUGGAAACAUUUCACCUGAGCCCCGACUCCCUCUACCCUACGGUGAAAGACCGACCACCGUUUGUUGCAAGGCAAGGCAACAAGAUUCGGCCACCUACUCGCUUGGGCCCUCUCGAUACGGUCAAAGGAUGGGUCAAGUAUCUCAAUCCCUUUAGGUCCGCCAGCGUCGAUCCAGAUCCUGUAUCACCUCCCAAAGACGAGGAGGAAGCCGAUGCCAUUGACGCGUUGGCACCCAUUUACGACAUGCUUGAUAUAAAGCCCCACAUGUGGCUCAUCUUCGAAAAUAUGCCUCUCAAGGUGUAUAAUUUUAAACUGGGCAAGCAUGUUUAUAAGAGGUUUAACAAGCAGCCGAGGAGCUUGCAAGGUCCUAUUGUCAUCGACUUCGCAAAGAAGAUGACUAUUCAGGCGCGUGUGCGGGUACAUCGCACUGUUCUGGCCAGGAUGAAUGCUCAGCAUGCGGACGGCAGCCCCUACCUGCCAAGGGCGCUGUUCCCUGACAAGAAAGUGAUCUCAUUAGAUGCAGGAUUAAUUGAUGAGCAGUCCAACUUCGAGUGGGCUGAUUGA